AUGGAUGGCACCAGGGCACCACCUUCAGAACCUGCAAAAGGAGAUCAAGACAGCCUUCUCCCGGACGAAGAUGUUGUCACGAAGCUUCAGCAAGGGCAAGCGGUUAAAGCCGAUGUUCGCGAAGCUUUGGCCAGACUGGCUUCGGCCCUGUCCUCGGUAUCCGACAACGACACCAUCAUCCGCACCGUGAAGCAUCGCUUUGACGAACGCAAGGAAGCGCGUGCCGACUUGUGGAGGGUGACUGAGGAGGCGAGGGCGGAAAAGGAGAGGAGAGACUGCCUAAAUAAGGCGCAGGCGGACAGAGAGUCAGCUCUUCAAAACGAGGUGGAACGUCUAGAGCGCGCAGUGAAGAUUGCUGAAAAUUCCUGCACAGAUACCCAACGAGAGGGGGAAAGAGCUGCUGCUUCAGCGGACAAAGAAAUUUCCAGGCUUCGUGAAAAGUCUAGCUCUGCGGAGAAGGACGCCGCAACAUGGCAGCAGAGAGCCAACGCAGGGGAGUUGAGGCUGGAAUCAAUGACAGCCGAGGUCAGCGCUCUCCACGAGGCAAUGGCAGGCCUCCAUGGCGAAAUGGGGGCUGUUCAGCGAGAGCUAGACGGUACCAAGACCUCACAAGACAAACUGGCAGCAGACCUGUCCCGGGCGGAGGGCCGGUACCGGAAAUCCCAGGAGGCAUGUUUGUCAACCAUUGCGAAGGCCAAGGACGCAGAGAAGAGGCUGAGGAAAGAAACUGAAGAAAGAGAGCGGGUGUCCGCUGAGCUUGAGAAGUUGGUUCAGAUGUCCAAGGAGGAAGAGACGAAGAACGUGACCCUUACGGCGGAAAUCAAGCGUCUCAAGGAGAGCGAAGGGGUGCACCGCAGCGGUAGUGACAAGCUCAACGCCACAAAUAGAGAGCUCAACGCGCUGUUGCAGAGCCUUUCCACUGACCUCGAAGAGGCCAAGGCUGCCGGCGAGUCUAGCGGCAAGCGAGCUGAGGCCUUGGCGCAUGAGGUGGGGGUGAAGGAGGGGGAUGUUCAGCGGGUCAGGGAGGCUUUGGCGGCGACCGAGGCUAGACUCGCCGCUUCGGGCAGGGACAAGGAGUUAUUGAAAGAGGCAUUGAGCAAGUCAUCUGCAGAGGCGCACGCCAAGACAGCGGAGUUCGACCGGCAACGAGGAGAGCUGGACCUGCUCGAGCGAGAAAAACACGAUUUGGUGCUCGACGUGCAAGAACGAGUGAGGGUGCACAAGGAAGCGACAGCAGAUGCUGAACGGUAUAGGGAGCGGCUCGAACAAGCAGAAAACAGGUUGAAGGAAGGAGAGUCCGCCACACUGGCCGCCGAGUUGAGCAGGAAGAAGACGCUGGACGAACUUGGAGAGGCUAGACGUGGGACAGUUAUGCAGGACGAGCGGAUCGAGGCGUUAAGGUCGGAGCUGACCACCUUACGGCGUACUUUGGAACAGACGACAGAGGCAGCAAAGGCCAGAGAUAGGGAAAGCGCGCAGCGACUGGUACAGCUGAGCCAAGCAAACGCAAAGCUGUCGAGUGAAUCAACGAGCGCUCGAGCCCGAGUGAUCGACGCCGAGGAGGCGGUAGAGAAGGCAGGACAAGACGCCCAGGAAGCCGCCAAGGCACAGGCAAAGUUGGAAGAUGACGGUCGGAGGGCAGCGGAUAGUGUUCAACGGUUGGAGGAGGAGCUAGAGAUUGCCAACGCGAGGUGGAAAGCAGCGCAGGGGCAGCUCGUGGCCGCUAAUCGCCGGGAGAAAGAGUUUGCCGAAGAGGCGAGGCGACGGAUGCGGGAAGCCCUGGAGUCAAAGGACAAGGAAAAGGUCACCGCUCUGAGAGAGAUGGAGACGCACGCCGACCGACGGUUCAUGGAAGCCGAGGCCAGUCACCGGGCAGUGGAAAGGAACCACGACAGAGCUCUGGUCGCUAUACGAGAAGAGGCAAAGAAAAAGCUCCUGGAAGAAGAGGCCAGACGAGUGCGCGAAGUGUCUGAUGCCAGAAAAAAGUCUAAGGCGGUAGUCGAAGCACUCCAGACUUUGCAGGGCGAACUAACGCAGUCCGAGGCCAAAGGUUCUGGCCUGGAGAGGCAAGUCUCGCAGCUUUCCGCGCGCAUGAGCAGAGCCGGUUCGUCAAGCGUAGCCCCUGCUGGCGGUAAUGGAGGCGAUGGUAGCAGUGCGUCGGGCAAUGGCGGCGUCGGUAUGGAACGCGACGGUAGAGGCAGCAGCGGCGCGAGGGGGUCCGAAGUAACCGAGGCGGAGAUGACAUCUCUCCGCCGGCAGAUGAAGGCCGCCACCGAGGCGAAAGAAACAGCACAGCGGAGCGCUUUGGAGGCGCGAUUGCGUGCGGACGAAGAAACCAAGAAGCGGAGCUCUUUGGAGGAGUCACUAUGUCGAAAGGAGAGCGAUAUGCUGGCGGCGCUCGAAAGGCUCAACCAGCUCAAGAUUCGGCAGAAGGAAGUGGAAGAGCAUGCCCGAGAAGGCGAGGAGGAUCUGAGGAGUCUCGUGCGGCAACGAGAGUCGGAAAUCGAGAGCCUCACCCGGAGGUUUGUAACGUCAAUGACCCCCAGGGUUUCAAACAAAGCAAACGUUGAAUAA